AUGAGAAUGGCACUCAGGUUGAAGACACAUGUGUGUCUGGCAGGUCCCUGGCUGUACCUGCAUAGGGCCAGAGCACUGGGCACCAGAGCAGUCAUGGCCCCCAAAGCCUCAGUGCUGCCCUUAGAAGCCAUACCCCAAUUCCUGGGCAACAAGUGGCUGAGGCAGCUGCAGAUGUGGAAGGAGCGGAACCGUGAUAACUUGCACCUGAAGAUGCAAUAGACCUUCCAGGAACUGGGGCCCAUUUUCAGGUAUGAUGUGGGAAGAACAUGGAUAGUCUCUGUGAUGCUGCCAGAAGAUGCUGAGCGGCUGCACCAGGCAGAGAGCCUGCAUCCCCACCGCAUGAAACUGGAGCCCUGGAUGGCCUACAGGAAUCGCCAAGGGCAGAAGCCUGGCAUGUUCUUGCUGGAUGGACCUGAAUGGCACAAUGACCGACUGCUGCUGAACCCAAAUGUGCUGUCCCCAGAAGCAAUGUGAAAGUUCCUCCCCACGGUGGACACAGUGGCAAGAGAAUUCACAGAUGCUCUGAAGAAGAGGGUGCUAUAGAAUGCCCAGGGGAGCCUGACACUGGACAUCCAGUCCAGCAUUCUUAACUAUACCACAGAAGCCAGCAACUUUGCCCUUUUUGGAGAAAGAUUGGGCCUCCUUGGUCCAAUCUUUGGGCCUCCUUGGUCCAACCCCAGCUCUGAUAUGCUGUACUUCAAGCAUGCCUUGGAUGCCAUAUUCAAAACCACCAUGAAGCUCAUGUUCCUGCCCAGGAGCCUGUCCCACUGGACAAGCAGUCAUGUGUGGAAGGAGCACUUUGAGGCCUGGGACACCAUUUCCUCCGCAACUGAAAACUGCAUCCAGAAGAAAUAUCAGGAGCUCACUCGAGGUGGCCCUCAGUACUGCAGAGGCAUCGUGACAGAGCUGUUGUGGCAGGGGAACUUCUCAGUAAAUGGCAUCAGGGCCAACGCUCUGGACCUCCUUACAGGGAGUGUGGACACGAUGGCCUUCCCCUUGGUGAUGACUCUCUCUGAGUUGGCCAGGAACCCCACCCCGCAGGAGGCCUUUCAGCAGGACAGCCUGGCUGCUGAGUCCAGCAUUUCUAGGAAUCCGCUGAGGGUCACCAUAGACCUUUCCCUUCUGCAGGCAGCCAUCAAGGAGACCCUGAGGCUGUACCCUGUCGGGCUUUUUCUGGAGAGAAUCCUGGGCUCACACUUGGUGCUUCAGAACUAUCAAGUCCCGGCAGGGACUGGGGUGCUUUUAUAUCUGUAUGCCAUGGGCCAAAACCCCGAGGUAUUCCUGAGUCCUGAGCACUACAACCCCCAGCGCUGGCUGAACAACAAGCAGGGCUUCAGCAACCUGGCCUUUGCCUUUGGGAUGCGCCAAUGUCUGGGAAAGCACCUAGCCAUGGUGGAGAUUCUGCUGCUUCUGCACCAUGUGCUGACAUCCUUCCGUGUGGAGACAGCAUUCCAAGAGGAUGUGAAGUUAGCCUACCUUGUUAUGAUGCCAAACUCCUUUCCCCUCCUCACUUUUCAGCCUGUCAGCUAGUCUCACCUCCCUGCUGGAGCUCCCCGCCACACCACGAUUCUCUGUCUACAUGACCCUAGGCACUCCUUGUCUUCUCCCGUAAGGGCACUGCUUCCUGGCCACACUGCUAGCCACUGGGCCCUCUGAUGACGCAGUCCAGCUGAAGCUCUGAAGGCAAACUUGGUUUGCCAAGUUGUGCAGCGAGGCCAGGGUACUGUUGAGGAAGAUCUUAGUCACAUGUCCUGGCUAUGUCAAAUUCCCAUCUUUCUCACCUUUUGUGCAACUGUUCUAUGCUGGACAUUGUCACCAUCUACUGAGCAAUUUGGGUAGAUACAGCCUUUGCAUCCCUGUGUAGUAGUCUCAUAUACCUCUGUUGGCUUCUUCCGGCCCCAUAUCCAAAGCCCCUUUGUUUUAUUUGAGCAAAAUGCCAUGGAUCCUAGUCUCUGAUUUCCCAAGUGCAAUUGGUCCUUGUACCCCUUUCCUCCUUAGCAGAUCAAACAGGCAAUCAACUCUUGACAUUCUUCAUUCUGUAGUGAUUCACUGUAGUGUAGAGUAGAGUGGUGUAGAUACUGUGACCCAUUCCCAUUUUCAAAGGGAGAAAACUGACCCUGGACAGAACUGUGACCACACUGGUGUCUAGGGUCAACCACAUUCUGUGGGGAGGUCUCCUGUGGACCAGACAAUGUAGGACCUGCAAGUGUUCAGUGCAUAGGCCCUGUGCUUUGCUGUGACAGCUUCUGAGGGGGCUGAGGGGAAAUGGGAGACCUGUGUGGGUAAAAAGACGCAGUAGACAGAGAUCUGUAGACAGGAGAGUCAUAAUUGGGCUUGUGGUUUCCUCAUGACUGCGACUCACACAUCCUCAACAUGGGUCAUGUGUCACGUGCCAGAAGCUGGCAUGGACAGGGGAGGCAGCAGUGUGUGAUAGCAACAUGCCUACAGCCUUCAUGUGAGCACUGAGAUCACUGGCCACAGCCCAGCACAGCACCCUGGUGCAGGAGAGGCAUGUGCCCAGGUUAAGCACACAUCAAAUCACACUGUGUCUCAGUCUCUUCUAGAUGAAAUAAUAAAAAUUGAUAGAAUAAGUA